AUGUCUGCCGUCGAUGUCUGGCACAAUCCAAGUCGUCAUAGAUUGCUGGAACAGGCAAAGUACCCACGCCGACCCUGCGCUUCAAACGAAUGCGACACGAAUUUGGUCGACACGGCGCAACCAGAGUCCAGAGGUACCCCGUCGGCUGUCCGUCUUCCGCCCCGUCGGCGACCGUCGAAGUGGACAUUUAUGCCAGAUAAACUUUUGCGCCAUGUGUUGUCGGACAUGCAGUUUGCCUGCAUCUUCCUCUCCCCACCCACCGAGACGCUACCGUCUAGACAUUCAUUCCGCGACAUCCUGCUACCGUUAUCUAUAUCCACGGCUUUUGGACACCAACACCCCUCCCCGCUGAGCUCAUCGUGCCCGCUUCUGAUUGUCCUGGCGAGGCUGUACGCGAUUGGAAGCCUGUUUCCGCUGACAGGCGCUGCCUCGUCUGUCCUGAGCACAAUCACAACGCAGGCGUGGAAUCCGCUCGUCAAUCUAUGCAGAAAUGGCACAAUCUCUCAAUUGCAGAACUUGAAGCUCGGGAAGCUUGUUUUGUUUGAAGGUGGCUCGAGCGAGGCUUCCGCCGUAUUUGGCAAUGAUAAAGAAGGCCUGCCAAUUGCCUUCUUGGAUGUCCAUGACGAGAAGUUUUGGGUGCGACUUGCGCUUUUCGCUGACAUGGGAUUCGCAGAAAGCUAUAUGCUGGGGGAGUUCACAUCCCCAGAUUUGACCAAGUUCUUCGAGCUCUUCAUUCUGAACCGGAACUACCUCUCCAAUGGCUCGAAUCUUACAUCCGCGAUAUCGACUGGCCUCGCUGGCCUUGUCCGAGGCAGUAACAACCUUAAGAAUGCGCGCCUCAAUAUUUCUGCACAUUACGACAUCUCAAACGAAAUGUUCGCAGCCUUCCUCUCGCCAGACAUGACUUAUUCAAGUCCAAUAUGGCUCCCAAAAUCGAACCCCAAAUCCGAGCUGGAGAGCCUCUCGGAUGCGCAGAUGCGAAAGCUCGAUCGAUUCAUCGACAACACACAUAUCAAGGGGUCUGAUCAUGUCCUGGAGAUUGGCACUGGUUGGGGUAGCUUCGCUAUGAGAGCAGUUGGGCGAACAGGCUGCAGAGUGACAUCUCUGACCCUCUCCAUCGAACAGAAAGUGCUUGCAGAAGAGCGGAUACAAGAAGCCGGCAUGUCAGACAAAAUCACGGUUCUCCUUUGCGACUACCGAAGUUUGGAGAUACCCGAAACCGGCGCAUUUGACAAGAUUGUAUCCAUUGAAAUGCUCGAAGCCGUUGGCAAAGAAUACCUCGUCACAUACUUCAAAUGCAUUGAUAAGCUGCUCAAAAAAGAGGGGGGAAUAGCAUGCUUCCAGUGCAUCACCAUGCCCGACGCGCGCUACGAGGCCUAUGCCAAAUCCGAUGAUUUCAUACGCCGGUACAUUUUCCCCGGUGGCCAUCUUCCCGCUGUCUCUGAGCUCGUCAGCUCGAUUAACACUGCAUCCAACGGUACGCUGGUUGUUGACAGCAUAGAAAACAUUGGCCCACAUUACGCCAAAGCACUGCGAUUGUGGCGGGAGGCGUUUUUAGAGAACUGGCAAGACAAGAUCAAGCCGCAGCUCAUCAAGGAGAAAAAGGACUCGGGCAUGGAUGAUGAGGGCGCAGAAAUAUUCAAGAGAAAGUGGGAUUACUACUUCAGGUACUCGGAAGCCGGAUUCUCGACCAAGACGUUGGGGGAUGUGAUCAUUACGGUGGGGAGGGAAGGGGCUGUGCAGAUGAUGGAGCAUGUGCCGUUGUAA